GUAAGCGACAGCGACGCCGCCCAGUAGCCUCAGACACUCCUCACAUAUACUCUAGUUAUCAACCUGACGAUGGAACAUCACGAUUGAAAGUGUACAUGUCGCACAGACGACAGUCUGGGAUUUUCACUUACGAUGCCUCAGAACUCUGAUAAGUGUCCGUCCGAUAUUACAGCUGAGUUGUGUCGAUGGGUGCAUGAGUUGCAACUGAGUGAUAUUCCUGAAAAUGUGAUAAUGAGGACGAAAUAUUUAAUCCUUGACGGUCUCGCGUGUGCUGUUAUUGGUUCACACCUGCCAUGGUCGGAAACAGGUACUAGGGCAGCACUAUCUAUGGAGUCGCCAGGUUCGUGCUCGGUAUGGGGAUGGGACAAGAAGGUCGGCCCACUGGCUGCAGCGCUUCUGAACUCGUCCUUUGUUCAAGCAUUCGAAUUAGAUGACUUCCAUUCCGAAUCACCCAUUCACUCGUCAUCUGUGGUGCUUCCUGCCCUCUGCGCCCUGACUCAGCACGUGCCAUCCCCCAUAAGCGGCCGAAGCUUCCUCCUUGCGGCACUGAUUGGAUAUGAAAUCGGUCCUCGAGUAGGCUUCGCUUUCCGAGGUGGUGAAAUCCUUUCCAGAGGAUGGCAUUCGGGUGCUGUGUUUGGGCCUGCUGCAGCAGCAGUUGCAUCAUCGAAACUCUUGGGACUUGGUGUCCAGAAUAUCGAGGAUGCGCUCGGUAUUGCUUGCACCCAAGCUUGUGGGCUUAUGAGCGCACAAUACGGUUCUAUGGUGAAGCGCAUGCAGCAUGGCUUUGCCUCGCGCAACGGACUUUUCUCAGCCAUAAUGGCCUCACAGAACUACACUGGAAUUAAAAAGGUCCUGGAGACCCCUUAUGGCGGGUUCAUCUCCACCUUUGGAAAUGGCGGGACGCAGGAACCGCCCACAACACCUCACCGAAUCAUUGAGCAAUUGGGGCAGAUUUGGGAGCUCCAAAAUGUCAACGUCAAGCCUUAUGCAAGUAUGGGAGCAACCCACGGAACGAUUGACUGUGUCAGGAAAAUUCAGGAACAGCACCCUGGUGCGUUGAGUAAUGUAGAAGUGGUUCAUGAGAUCGUUGUGGAGAUGUCUGAACUAGCAUACAAGAAAGGUGGUUGGACACCAAAAAGACCAACCGAUUCUACGAGUGCACAAACUUGUGCACCGUAUGCUGCAGCAUGUCAGAUUGUGGACAGGGCUGUUCUUGUAGAGCAGUUUACGCCUUCCAGUCUGAACCGUGAUGAUAUAUGGACGUGGGUGAGCAAGAUUCGAUGCGUGCAUAACUCGGACUUCAACAAAGACAAAACGACGAUGUGGUUCCAGCGAGUGACGAUAGUAUUCAAGGACGAAACAAGUGAGAAAGUUCAGGUCUUCGUAGAGGCGCCGAGAGGCGUGAAGCCGUUGUUGACGAACGAAGAAAUACUCAAAAAAUGGAGGAUGCUAACACAAGCGGUCAUUGACGUAGAGACACGACAAAAAAUUGAAAACUUGGUACUUUCGCUAGAUAGCGAUAGCGACGAUGAUUUGGGUGAGCUAGUUGAGUUAUUGGGAAAACACACGGAAAAGUUGGAGGGCUUCUGA